AUGUCGGCGAAUAAUUUAACAACCCCUACGACCGCAUCCUCCCGCACGCGGAACACGCGAUCGCGCUUCUCGAGUCCUCAGAUCGCGGCCGGAGCUACGGCCAACGGCAGUCAUGGUUCUGCGACGACGGGGAACAAUGCAUCAUUCACGAGGGCUGCUGCGGCUAAGGCAAAUGGAAAUGGUCAUGGAAGCAACGCCAACGGCACUAGGGCUAACAGCGUGAGUGGCGAUGGGCAAAAGACAUUCAUGGAUCGCUGGUUGGAGCCGCCGGUGCAGGUCAAGGCCAGUUAUCAAGAUGCAGGCCUCGUGCGCCAGGGUGUGUUUGAGAACAUGGCACCUCUCGGAACCCUACCCAAAGUCGGUCUUUUUAAGAAGACAACGCCAGCCCCAGCGGCAACCCCAGAACGCACUGGAAGCCAUACCGGUGUGCGCCGGAUUGUUGUUAAACAGAGAUCAGCGACGGCUACUCUGCCUUCGACUCCAGCCCCUAUUCUUCCGCCGCCUCCUCCUCCUAGGAACGCGGCUACGUCUGCCACCCCGGGACCUGUAACUGAGGCGGAUGAGACCGAGGAGGAAGAGGAUCAGGACGAGGAGGAGGAGCAGAAGCAGGAUGAGCAGACCAUGAUCGGAAGCACCGGCACGACCGGAAAGGGCAAGAGCAACUCACAGCGCCCUCAACGAUCGCGAUCACAACGGCCGCGGUCUCAGCGCUCGCAAUCGCAGCUGUCGCGGGCCUCGGGCGACACGGAGAACGUGGACGAGGCAGCUGCAGAGUGGGCCCCUGCCGCUGCGGCGACCCAUCAAAAAUCGACCCGCAGGCGAUCGCGUCGCAGCAAUCAGCCCGCGCAACAACCACAGCAACUGAGCCCGCAAGCCGUGGCACGCGUGGUGCAGAACGCGGUCGUCGAAGCACUCGCGCAUCAGCAGUACCCCACCGCCUGGGCCCUGCGCACCAUGUUUGACGAAAAUUCGGCCAGCCAAGCCCACGUCGCCAUGUUCCAGAGCGUGUUCAACCAGACCGCCAGCGCCGACGAGCUCGUGAAAUUUGGUCGCAUGCUGCAGGUGCGCAAACGGGAGGGCAAGAAGAACAAUCGUGCCUACCACUAUUUUAUGCCCGACGCCCCGGUGGGCCAGGCCAUUCCGGCCCCUCAGCCGGCGCCUUACUCGGAUCUCGUCAACUUCAACAUGGCGGAUUUGCUUCAGGCUGCGUCUGCGUCUGCUGGUCCGGAUGCGACUAAGAAGAAGAAACGAGCGCGGUCCACGGCCGCCAGCGUCGCUGCUUCUUCCGAGGCCGCCGCAUUCGAUGAGACUACUGUCGCCGCUACCGACGAGCAGCAGCAGCAGCAGCUCGAGCAGUCUGAGGAGCCUGAGGUCGAGGCCGAGGUCGAGAUGCCCCCGCGCAAGAAGCGCAAGUCCACCAGGCAACAGCAGCAGCAGAAGCAACCAGAGGCCUCUGCAUCGACUACGCCGGCUGCACCGACUGCACCGACCCCCUCGGCGGCCGCUUCAUCUUCCAAGAUGACCACUCGCAAGGGCAAGGCUGCCAAAGGCAAAGGCAAAGGAAAGGCGUCCGCGACACCCGCCGAAACUCCCUCGUCGCGCAGGCGGACGCGCGCGGGCUCUGUCUCGAGCAUUUCAUCUCUCUCAAGCGCCCGGUCUCUUACGCCCCCGGAUAGCAUCCAAGGGCAGCAAGACCAGGAGCACGGCGACCAGGGCGGCCCGGCGCAGCAGGAGGGCGAGGAGGGCCAAGGAUUUGAUGAGGCCGGGCGCUCCCAGCCAAUCAGACUGGCCCAGCGGCGUCGGUCCAACGCACCGCGCAAGAGCCGGAACGUGUCACCGUCCCAAGCCGCCGCUGCGUCCUCAUCAUCAACCAAUGCUGCGGCGCUUGCGCAGGACCAACAGGGCGAGCAGCAGAGCGCGCUGCAGAAGAUGAACGCCGUGGCCGGGAAUCAGGGCCAGGAGCAAACGGAGGGCGCCUACGAGCUGCCCGCCGUGGUCGACUCGCCCCUUUUCCCCAACCUCAAGAAGGGCUGGGCCAAGUUCAUGACGGAGGCCGACAUCAUCGCCCAGUUGCGCGUCAAGCGCCCCUACACCGAGGAGGAGAAGGCAGAGUUCCGCCGCCGCGCUCGCCAAAUGACCACCCGGCCGGCCAUCCACAGCAGCAUCCGGCCGGAUGCCCCAAUCGACGACGAGGCCGACGAGCAGGACCUGGACGACGAGCUCCAAUUCCAACCGGAGCCGGCCACCCCUACUCCCGCGGCAACGGGCUCUGGAUCGCGCACCACGCGCAACACGGCCGCUGCUGCUGCUGCGGCUGCGGCAGCCAACACCGCUCUCUCGUCGGCGCGAGCCACGCCAGCUCCAGCAACCCAGACCCUGACUCGUGAGGGUCGCAGCACGCGCGCCUCGCUCAAGCGCACCCACGACGAUGUCAACGACGAUCAGCCGUCGCCGACUACCAACGGCGGCUUCAACAACCCUUUCUUCCCUGCUGGCUCGGAGGCCCCAUCUACCGCGACAGGUGCUGUGGGCGGUGCCGACUCCCGUGCUGGCACACCAGCGCUGCGUGCUGCCAAGAGACCGAGGACUGGUCUGCGUGUUAAGAACUCGCCGAUGAAGAAGAAUGGUCCGUCGGCUGGUAUUCCUCGUCCGAGUGGCGAACGCAGCAGUCCUGUGGGCAAUGCUCCGCGCGAGGAUGACAACGAUGACUACUGCUCGUCCUGCAGCGGCAACGGCGAGCUCGUCUGCUGCGACGGGUGCACCCGCUCGUUCCAUUUCGGCUGCGUCGACCCGGUCCUGCGCCCGGAGGCCAUGCCGGUCGAGUGGUUCUGCAAUGUCUGUCGCACUCGUCGCGAGCCUUCCCAGCUGCCCGUUCACGGUGGCGCGUUUGCCCUAGUGUUGGAGAAGCUCGACGCUAGGAACUCGAGCGCCUUCCGCCUGCCGGCUUCCGUCCGCGACCGCUUUGAGGGUGUGCGCACCGGUGCUGAUGGCGAGUAUGAGGAGAUCUCGACGGCGCCUAAGCCGAAUGCUCGGUACAAGAAAAAUGAUGAAGAGCAGGCGUUUGACAACUACCGCGUGCGCGACGCCGACGGUAACGCAGUCAUCUGCCACAAGUGCCAGCAGGCCACCGCGUCGGAUCGCCCAAUCAUCCCCUGCAGUGCCUGCGGCAUCUACUGGCACACCGACUGCCUCGAUCCUCCCAUGCCGAACCCGCCCUUUGUGCUGCGCACCUGGAAGUGUCCGUUGCAUGCGGAUACUCUGCUUGCCACGUUCCCCAACACCCUUCACCCUGCCCACAGGCACCGCAAGAUCAAGGAUGCGCCCGUCAUUAGCCCGUCCUACAAGCGCGGCUUCGCCAACAAUGGCCACAUCGAGGUCGACCUGGACGACAGCGAGGACGAGAGCGGCUGGAGGGAUGUUGAGACCUUCGGUCGCACGGUGCGCCUGUCUGAGAAGGGCAUCAAGCUCGACUUUAUCAGCCGGCGGCGUUCGGUUCCGCUCCCAGAGCCUGCUGCGCGUUUAAGCCCGGAGCCUACGCCCGAACCUGUGCCGGUCGCUUCUGAUCCUCUCACCCAGCGCUCGCUGAACGAGCAGCAGGCGGCUCUCAACUUGGCCCGACUCAACACGACUCGUGACGAUGGCGUGUCGACGCUGAUUGAGGCCAUGAUUUCUGAAGCCAAUCCCUCCGUGAUUGAUUUGAUGGCACGUGUUCAGCCCAGCCAUCUGGAGAACAACUCCCAGCUCAGCCAGCUCGAUCAGCAGGGUCUUCGCGCCAUUCUGGCCCAGGCCGAGUCCAUGACCCAGCAUAUCCGCCAGCUCUUGACAUCUACCCAACCCGCGCAGACCGAACCGACCCCAACUUCAUCUAACACUACCAAUCUCCCCACUUCGGAGCCCCUCGAUCGUGAAACCGACAACGUCUCAGGCUCCACCUCGGCCUCAGGCAACACCGACCCCAACGCCAUGGACGUCGACGAUAAUGACGAUGACAACCUGGACGACGACGAUGGCACCACCAACAACGGCGCCGCCUCCAAAACCCCAGCCUCCCCAGCCCCCACCGACGACGUCCCCGCCAUGACCCAAGGCGAGAAAACGCCCAUCCAGGGAGACCAGUCACCUGCCGUGCCCACUGCGACUGCCGCUGCUGUGCCUCCUGCUGAUGGCGCGCUGGUGGCGGUGGAGAAGGGUGAUGGGAAUGGUGAUGGAGUUGUUCUUUCUACACCGAGCAAGACGGCUGGGAUGAUUGCGGGGGAGGAGCCGGUUGUGCUUGAGGGGGAGGGGGAGGAGGGGCAGGAGGAGAAGAAUAUGGAGAUUUGA